AUGGCUGAGAGGAAUGAUGUUGCGAUAGCUGCUGCUUUGGAAGCAAUGGUUCAGGCUAUGCAGAACCAACCGAAUUCUGACGAGACUGUUGGAUCUCGUAGCUUGGCGACUUUCCAAAGGGAGAAUCCGCCAGUGUUCAAGGGUAAGCAUGACCCUAAUGAUGCGCUUGAUUGGUUGAAGGAGAUCGAGCAGAUCUUUCUUGUUAUGGAUUGCACUUCUUCACAGAAGGUUAGAUAUGGCACUCAUAUGCUGGCUACGGAAGCUGAUGAUUGGUGGUUGGAGAUGCUUGCUAGGUUGGAGGCUUCAGGUGAUGAAAUCACUUGGAUCGUGUUUCGUAGGGAAUUUCUGAGAAAGUACUAUCCUGAAGAUGUUCGGGGUAAGAAAGAGAUAGAAUUCCUAGAGUUGAAGCAAGGGAACAUGUCUGUUACUGAGUAUGCUGCCAAGUUACGCAUGGAAAUCAAGAAAGUUGUUGGGUACCAAAAGAUCCAUGUGUUUCCUGACUUGGUGGACAGUUGUAGGAUCUUUGAGGAAGAUAGUAAUGCUCAUCACAAGAUGGCUAAUGAGAAGAGAGGCAAAAAUCAGCAAAGCCGUGGGAAACUAUAUGAUGCUGGUAAAUGA